AUGGAGGUAAAGACCUCCCCACCUAUGAACAUCAAAAUGGUUAAAAUGAUGAGCUGGGCAUUGGAGAAAACCUCCAUUUCAACGGUGGACAUGCUAGAAACAGUUGAGGCAGAGACAGAGGUGAAAAACAAAUCUAAAUUCCUAGGCCGAAAAGAAGGAUCCGUUCUUGACUUCAAGGCCUUGAGAACCCCAAAACCAAGAAAGGAGAGGGUGACAAAAUAG